AUGGCAGUUUCCACGUUGAAUAUGUCUCCGUAUUUCACUGGAUAUCCCUUUCAAGGUCAAGGUAGAGUGAACCAAUUAGGCGGGGUCUUCAUAAACGGCAGACCACUACCGAACCACAUACGAUUGAAGAUAGUGGAAAUGGCGGCGGCCGGCGUCCGGCCCUGCGUCAUAUCCCGUCAAUUGCGCGUCUCCCACGGCUGCGUCUCCAAGAUCCUGAACCGCUACCAGGAGACGGGCAGCAUCAGGCCCGGCGUGAUCGGCGGCUCGAAGCCGCGCGUCGCCACGCAGGAGGUGGAGAACAAGAUCGAGCAGUGGAAGAAGGAACAGCCGGGCAUCUUCAGCUGGGAGAUCCGCGAUCGGCUCAUAAAAGAGGGCAUAUGCGAUAAGAACUCGGCCCCGUCGGUGAGCUCCAUCAGCCGAUUGAUAAGAGGCGGCAGGAAAGAGGACACCGAAAGGAAAAACCACUCGAUCGACGGCAUAUUAGGCCCGAACUCCUCCUGCGACGAAAGCGACACGGAAUCCGAGCCGGGCAUACCGCUGAAACGCAAACAAAGGCGAUCGAGGACCACCUUCACCGGCGAGCAACUGGAGGCGCUCGAACGCGCCUUCGGCCGCACCCAAUACCCCGACGUCUACACCAGAGAGGAGCUGGCCCAGAAGACGAAGCUCACCGAAGCCCGGGUGCAGGUGUGGUUCUCCAACCGGCGCGCCCGCCUCCGGAAACAGCUCAACUCGCAGCAGUUCAACGCCUUCAACGCCAUAUCCCUGCAGACCGCCUUCCCCGGCGUGCAGCAGCACUACCCGGAGGGCGGCUUCAACCAGAGCUCCUGGACGUCGCAGAGCUAUCCCUCGGCCGCUUCGGGCGGUUCUAGUGCUUCCACCACGGCGCAAAACGCCCUGUAUAAUAGCUACAGCAACGGUGCCGGGUUGGAGCACUGCGGUAACCAGUUCGGGUACAAUAUGGCGCAGAUCUCGCCCAACCAGCACAGCAUUUCGCCUCAGCAGAGCGGCGUGUGGACGAGGCAUUCGCAGUCCAACAAAGCUGCAGCUGCUGAUAAUAUUUCGCCCACUUGGCAUGAUAAUUAUAGUUUACUAGCCAACGGAAGCCAUUACAGUGGAACCCAUUCUCCGAGCGAAGCCAAGUCAGGAUAUCCUUAUUUCGGUGCCAUGGAAAUGUGUACAAGUAGAGUGCAUUAA